UAAGACAACAUACUCCUCAUGUUCUGAGACCUGAACUUUUUUUGCUCUGAUUUCUGCGUGUUAACAGCUUCAUAGUUGACCCUCUGUGCCGAACGUUGUCCGAUGGCAGACGAGCCCUUGACAGCCUGGAGCAGCAGUCUCUUUGACUGCUUUGAGGAUGCCAGCACUUGCUGCUAUGGUUUCUGGUGCGCCCCCUGCCUUGCCUGCACAGUUUCAGGAAGAUUUGGAGAGAACAACUGCCUCCCGCUAUGCGACAUAUGUGGCCCCGCCAUAUCAGCAGUCUUUGGGAUACCGCUGUGUGUUCCUCCGGCAGUCUUGUCUAUGAGGGCUGCCAUGCGAAACAGAUUCAGGAUCAAGGGCUCUCUCUGUAAGGACAUUGCAGUUUCCUGUUUCUGCGUGUGGUGCUCCUGGUGUCAGAUGCAUCGCGAGCUAAAACAUCGCAGGAAAGUUCCCACCGUCAUCAAUGUGCAGUCUCAAACCAUUGUCAACAUGCAGCCUGCUCCAGUGAUGAUGAUGCCUGCAAACCCACAGCAGGUUUGUUUUACGAGCCAACCGGGGGUCGUCAUGUCACCCUGAGCUUUGUGGCUUCUCGUUGGUCUGCUGUGUCUUGUGAAGGAAAUGAGAUUCAGAUCACACUGCUGUUUGUUUUGUUAGACACAAAGAUUCUUAAUAAUCAUAAUAAUUAAGCUCUCAUUUGACUCUCAUCAAGACCUUUUCAGUAAUAUUAUCACUUGUACUUGUUUUUUAUGACUAUUGCAUCAUUGAUUUUAAAUUCAGUCUCAAGUUAUCCUCUUAAAACAAACAAAAAGACAAAAAAAAGUUAGACAUUUGAUCAAACCAGUAAAACUCAUUAUCAAACAUUUCCAGCUGCAUCAAUAAGAAAUAUUAAUAUUAUAUCAAGUUCCAAGCCACCUUUACUAAACUUGUCAUAACUGUAUAAAAUCUAAUUAAAGUCAUAAAAUCUAAAAAAAAAAAACUGUCAUGAUGUCAUGGUGAACAGAAUAUUAAAUUUGCAUUAAGUUUGUCUUAAUAUCUAUUUUAUAUUUUUUAGUUAAGUUUGUUUCUGUUAGAUUACUCGUAUGACCCACGAAAAAACGACUCUGUAUGAGAGAUUCUUCCAUACAGCCUGAUGUUCUUAUGAUUAUGAAGAGCUCAUGAGGAAAGGCUGAGGCUUGACUUGGCAAGAGCAUCUUAUUAAUAAGUCAUUCAUGCCUGCCAUGCAUUCACGCUGGGCUGAGCUGUCUCUUGUAAUGUACUCCAGCACAUCAUCAUGACAGAAAGACAAAAAGCUGGUUUAAUCACCUGCAUUCAAACACCUAGCUGGGCCAACAUUAAUCAUCUGCAUAGUAUGUUUAAUACUGCAACUCCAGGUGUGAGCCUUAUGUGGCGAAGGUCUGAACCACACCUAACAAAUCAGACAAAAGGAGCACACCAUGUUGUCGCAGGCCAAAAACCCAGUUUUUCCUGUCCACACUGCAGAAGCUUGACUAUCUCUCACCCUGCACAGAGUUUUCAAAAAGCUAAGUUUCCGAUUACCUACUGCUGUAUGUGUGGACUAGGCAGAGGAAAAGAGCAACAGGCCAGGUGGACGUCUUCUCCUAAAAGCAGAACUUCUUCACAUCUCUUCCAUUGAAUAAUGCUGUAAAAGGUCAUUUCCUUACUGGAUAAUAAAGCUGAACUAGAGAUUAUAUGGCUUUUGAUGUUGACUAACACCGAGACGAUUCAGGGACUCACUAGUCUUUAAAAAUGUGAGGGAGAGUCAGAAGGCUUUGCUGUCCUUUUUUCAUGUUUACUUACAAGCACUUGCAUCACUCAUUUCCACCUUUUACACAUUUUGUUGUUCUUGUCAUUAAUUUGUAUAAUUCAGAACUUGAGUCAAAUGUCUUCUCACCGUUUUCAAUCUGCAGGUUAUAUUUGUACAGACAGAAAGAAACCACAUGGACUACAUUUACAGAUCUGAUUUGUUUUGUGUUCAUAUAUAGUAAAUUGGUAUUUGCUGUCAAACAGUGUGUCCUAGUUUUCCAGAACAAAGUCAGCAAAUUGUGUGUAUUAAAGUCCCAAGACUC